AUGCUGACCAUCCUGUAUAGGAUGUAUCCAGGAAUGGUGAACAGUCCUAAGAGCGUGGAGCAGAAGCAGGAGAGGCAAAGAUGGGCACAGCUGGGAGUGACAGCUACUUCCAGUUUUGUUUCCCCUACGCACAGGGUUCUAUUUACAAAAUCUGGAAACCGUUUUCUCCUGCAGCAAAAGAACAGCAAUAUCUCCUGCUUCUGGGAAACACAACCCUUGGGCUGCACGAGGAUCACCUGUGCCUUCCAUCACAGGAAACCUCGUCAUAUCAAUGGACUGUUUUUGCCACCUACUGACAAUGCCCCGUUGCAACAGGGUGUCCAAGAAGGCAUUCUGCAUCCAGCCCAUCGUCAAGAUGCACUCAGAAGUCAGGAGAAUAUUUUAAGACCAAUUCACCCUCCACUGAUUAUAAACCUCAACGACAAACAGGAUGAAGAGGACGAUGAAGAGGGAGAGAAAGAUGUUCCUGACUGUGUGCCGAAGACUGCUGCAGAUAGUGAAGAGGAAAGAGCAAUAAGGGAAAUAUGCUAUAAAUCUGGAGAAUAUUACAGGAUUUGGUACCCUCACGAACACCAAUCAACAAAAUCCCUGUCUUCAAUGCGGGAAGAUGAGCUACUACCCUUGGAAGCUUCUGAGCGAGGCUUGCAGAAAGGUGAUGGUACUACAAGUCCUACAAAAUUUCAUAAUACCAGAAAAGGAGGAGAGAGUUUGGGAAGGAGAGCACCAACAGAGGGUGUUCCCAGAACAUAUCGUAGAUCCUUUGAAAAUGGAGGAAUUCACACUCCAGACCCCAAGCGCAAACCAAGGUACCAACAAAGGGGCCAAAGUGAGGAUGACAAGGCUGCUUCUUCUGUUCCUUGUGCGAGAGAAACUGGAAGAAAGACUUAUUUCAAUCCUUCACAACCUCGAAGAUCAGCAUAUGUAGUCUACCGUACUGUCACCGUCACCCAAGAAGCAAAGUUCAAUGGAUGUACAGACAAAUACACUUCAGGACCUCAUAAUGCACCACCUUGGAGGAAAAGAAAUCCACAAGCAAAAACGUUCUCCACGUUCAAAACAACCAUUCAGGAGCAUUUAGAGAUGGCUUUGCCUUCCACCUUACGCAGUGCAUGGAAACCAGACAGGUGCCAGUCCAGCGCUCCUAAAGUUGGAGGUGAGUCUUCCUGGGUUACGACGGCAACAGAAUUUCACCGUGACGAGCUGCUCCCAGCUUUCGGUUUGGAGCUGAUGGUCAAUAGCACCGUGUUAGUGCAAUGCACAGACCAGGGGAAUGCAAGGUGGCAAAAGCACCCUGGCGUUUCAUCCUCUGUAUCGGUGCUGCCCGAUAAACACUUCUCCGCUUGA